AUGCAUGCAGAUCCAGGGACGCCUGGUGAAGGUAACCUUCAGCCUUACCUCCUGUUUAGAGAAAAGGGAGUUGUAGCAACCUGUAGUAUCUCUCAGCGCUGCUGCUUGCACGGACUCAGAUUUAUCCUAACAACCGACACAGCAAAUUAUUCCUACGAGGACGAACUAGAUGGCAGUUACGCUUCCCCCUGCAAUCUGGAGGAUACUUUAUCUUUUACCCACCGCUUUGCCCCCAUAGCCUACAUAAUAGUCUUCAUCCUGGCUCUGGUUGGAAACAUUCUGGUUCUGUGUGUGGUGCGCCGCUACCGUAAGUCCUGUCACGGUCCCUGCUCCUUCUCUCUGACUGACACAUUUCUGCUCCACUUGGCCAUCUCUGACCUUCUGCUGGCCCUGACGUUACCCUUCUUUGCUGGCCAGUGGAUUAAUGGAUGGGUAUACGGCAUGGGUCUGUGUAAGAUAGCGGGUGCGCUCUUCUCCCUGAAUGUCUACUGCGGCGUGCUUUUCCUGGCAUGCAUCAGCUUCGACCGUUACUUGGCCAUUGUUCAUGCUGUCCACACCAGCUGGAGGCGCAACACAUGCCUGGCUCAGCUGGCCUGCUUACUUAUCUGGAUCAGCUGCCUUGUCCUGACCAAAAUCGACAUUUAUUUCCGAAAUGUGGAGCAAUUAGAACAAGAUAAUAACCGGCUGGUGUGUCACUUAAAAUUUACCGGUGACGGUGUUGAACAUUGGCAUCUUGCUCUGCAACUCCUCAGCAUGCUGUUAGGCUUUGGACUCCCCCUGAUGAUGAUGCUGUACUGUUAUUUGUGCAUCUUCUGUGCACUUUGCCACACAAGCACUAGCAGGCAGAAGCGCCGCUCACUCAGGCUCAUUAUUUCCCUGGUGGCAGCAUUCGUAAUUUGCUGGGCACCGUACAAUAUUCUAAAGAUGAUCGACAGCCUGGUGGUACUAGGUUUAAUAAGCUCCAGCUGCACGUUGAACCACGCGCUUGACAUCGGCAUCCUGGUGACGGAAAGUCUAGGGCUGGCCCACUGCGCUCUCAACCCACUGCUCUAUGGCUUCGUGGGGGUGAGGUUUCGUCGCGAGCUGAUCCGUAUGUUUAAGUCAGUGUUGCAUCCAGGUGAAAUGGGAUCCUUUAGCUCUGCAGAGAGUGAAAAUACCUCCUACUUUUCAGUUGUGGCCUGA